GAAUGAGCUCAGAUUUUAAAUAAGAUGGAACUCCAUUUACUAAAUUGUUUUAAAGAUUAGAAAAUAUACAUCAAUCUCCUGUUUUUAAUGCUGAUUGUCUAUAACACCAAGAUGACAUGUAUAUAAAAGACUAGUCCCCUGAAUAAGUAUGUAAGAAAUUAGAAUUCACUCCAUAUUUGAAAUCUCCUAAUCAGUAUUUACUAUCCAUUAUAAAUUUUAGAUUUUAACCUUAUUCUCCAUUAAAUCAUUAGACAACUAAAAAGGCAAAUAUAUUUGUUAUAUCUCCUGCCAGAUAAAUCAACUUUGACCACACAAAGACAGAAUAACGACUAGUUAAUAUAAGUUCACCUCUCAGUUCAAUGAAGAUACCAGAUGAUUUAUUAUGUGAGGAAGAAGAGAUCUUAUCUGAAGAUCAAGAUAAUCGUUCUCAAUUUAGAAGUCCUCCUAAAUCACCUCACAGAAAAUUAGAAAGAGCUACUAAAUUGAAAUUCAUCAAUUUUGUUACCUUAAAAAAACCACUAAAAUUUACAAGUGAUUAAAUAACAAAUAGAAAACGUACAAGUUCUAAAAGAAGAAAACCACAAACAGAAUAAAAACCAAAAAUAAUUGUAUGUAAUUGUAAGAAAUCUAAAUGUCUUAAAUUAUAUUGUGAUUGCUUUGCUGCAGGUGUAACAUGUGGUAAAGAUUGUAAUUGUUGUUCUUGUCAUAAUAAUGAUGAUCAUACAAAAGAAAGAGAAACUGUAAUCAAAUAAAUCAUGGAAAGGAAUCCUUCUGCAUUUCGCCCUAAAGUUGAAUCUAAAGUAUAUAUUUAUUUUAUUAAUUAGAGUAAUUCAGAAGAUGAAUAAGAUCAUAAACCAAGACAUUUUAAAGGAUGUAAUUGUAAAAAAUCAAAUUGCUUAAAAAAAUAUUGUGAAUGUUAUUAAAUGGGAGUUAAAUGUUCUGAAUUAUGUAAAUGUGAUGAAUGUAAAAACUGUGAAAUGCCUGUUAAAAAGGACUCAAGAAAAAGGAUAAAACAUGUACAUCAAAAUUUUAAAAAUACUGAAAUCUAUUGA